AUGGGUAAAGGCAAAAAGGUUGCGAAGAGAGGCAGUCGCCAACGUGCGGACUGGAAGGACAUAGUAAAGGCGAACACGAAACUCGAAUCAUACUACAAUGACUUUGGAAUCAUCCCCAAGGAGGAACAAGAAGCCUUUUGGGCUGCAUUGAAGAGAGAACUUCCCAACAGCUUCCGCUUUACUGGCUCCCGAGGCCAUGCGAUUGCGGUUAAAAAGACGCUUGUCGACCACCACAUCCCCCAAAUCACGUCCAUCACUUAUGAGGGAAAUGUCGUCGAACCUCCAAAGCCCGUCCCCUGGUACCCGGAUCAACUGGCAUGGUACAUGACAACUCCGAAAAAUGUUAUCCGACGCUUUCCCCCGUUUUCGUCCUUCCAGAAAUUCCUUGUCUCCGAGGCAGAUGUAGGCAAUAUCACGCGCCAGGAAGUCGUGAGCAUGAUUCCGCCUUUAUUUCUUGACGUUCGGCCCGGAAUGACCGUGCUUGAUAUGUGCGCCGCGCCCGGAAGCAAAUCCACACAGUUGAUGGAGAUGCUGCACGCCGGCGAAGAAGACAGCAUCGCAAAGGCAACUGCUGAGAUCCGAGAAGGCACAUUCGACGCAUCAAAUUACCCCGAAGGAUUGAGAGAUGACGGUCGAACUACUGGUCUUCUCAUCGCCAACGAUAGCGAUUAUAAGCGAGCGCAUUUGUUAAUCCAUCAGAUGAAACGAUUGAACUCUCCUAACUUGAUUGUUACGAACCACGAUGCGACUUUUUUUCCAUCUGUAAGAUUACACUCUGGAAGCGGAAAGGGUAAUGUCUAUCUUAAAUUUGACCGCAUCCUGACGGAUGUUCCUUGUUCCGGAGACGGAACGACAAGGAAAAACCCCAGUAUUUGGAACGACUGGACGCCUGGAAACGCAUUAGGCCUACACGCUACUCAAGUGCGCAUUCUUGUCCGGGCUCUCCAGAUGCUCAAAGUCGGAGGUCGCGUUGUAUACUCCACCUGUAGCAUGAACCCAAUUGAAAACGAAGCUGUCGUUGCUGGAGCUAUCGACCGCUGUGGUGGAUCAGCUCAUGUCGAAAUCAUAGACUGCAGCAAGGAGCUGCCUGAUUUGAAGAGAGUUAAUGGGCUACGCAGCUGGAAAGUCCUGGAUCGCGAUUCUCGCGUCUGGAAUAGCUGGCAGGAAGUCGACGAACAUAGGCAAAAAUCCGGCAUUAGUGGACUUGGUCGAUUAGCGGGGACCAUGUUCCCACCUACGGAGGAAGUGCACCUCGAACGUUGCAUGCGUGUUUAUCCCCAUUUACAAGAUACGGGUGGUUUCUUUAUUACCGUCUUAGAGAAAAAGGGCGAGAUCAGAGCCCUUAAAGAGGACAGUUCGAAAGUGAUACCGAAAGCAUCCGUUGCUGCGGUAGUGGAAGAGUUGGAGCAGAAAACUCGCGAUGGUAACGGUGAUCCCAUCCAGAAGAUUGAGGCCCUCGACGAUAUAGUACCACCUAGCGAGGGAACAGAUGGCAAAGAUGCGACCGUCGCUCAAUCAUCCCAUCAACCUCCAUACAAAACAACUUUGGAUGUACCCUCUUCCCCUUCCAAACGAGCGAGGUCCGUUCUCGAAGAACAGCUUCCAACAAAACGUACGAGGCUUGAUGAUGGCACCGAUGCUGCUAUCGGCGACCGACCUGUCCAUUUCCCUCCCCCAUCCCUGGUGGAGGGCACGGAAGAUACUACUGACUAUCCAAAAGUAGAAGAGCCUACACAAUCUAAAACAGAGGUCCCGGCACCGACAAAAAGGAAACCCGGACAGCCGAUUGAAGAACCCUUCAAAUAUAUUGAUGGCAAGCAAGAUGAAAUUGAAAAGAUAUUCGAAUUCUAUCAUAUUCCAAGUCGGUUUCCACGGGACCGGUUCCUGGUGAGAAAUGCGUCGGGUAGUCUGACCAAGACAGUCUACUACAGCAGUGCACUGGUGCGGGACAUCUUGACGCAAAAUGAGGGACGAGGCCUUAAAUUUGUGCACGCUGGUGUGAAAAUGUUUGUGAAACAGGAUGCUCAGCGAUCUAACCAAUGUCCAUGGCGCAUCCAGACCGAUGGGUUGCAAUUGCUCGAGCGCUGGCUUGGGCCUCAGCGAACAGUGACAUUACAUAAGAAAGAGACAUUACGGCGACUACUCAUUGACCUCUUCCCAAAACUCGACAAACAUACCUAUGAGCAUCUGGGAGAAGUGGGAGAACAAACAAAAGAUAUGGAGCUUGGGUGUUGUAUAUUGAGGGUUGAGCCAAGUGAAACUGAGGAAGGACUUCCAGAACGGAUGGUGCUCCCUCUUUGGCGAUCAAUGUACUCUCUCAACCUUAUGCUUUCGAAAGAAGAUCGGCGCGCACUACUUCUCCGACUCUUCAAUGACGACACACCUGUCAGACAUCCUCCAUCCAAGAAAGCUGCAGGAGGAGAUGAGAGUGUCACCACGCCUACAGUAGGCGAAGAAGACGAACCAGUUUCGAGAUCUGAUCUCGAGCCUAGUGCAGCGGAGCCCGAAAUAGCUUAUGCCGAGAUCGUAAAAGAUAUUCCACCCCCGGUUGGAAAGACAGAAGAGGAAUACAUCAAAACGGAAGACAUUGUGCGCGGGGAAGAGCAGGAAGAUCUCAUGGCCAAACGGGAGACUUAUCAACGUGAUGGGGAUGAAGAAGACAGGUUCAAUACGACUGUAUAG